CAUGAUUUUACCAUUGUCAACCAAAGUUGAAAUAGUCGUUUGUUACUGAUUAUCAAGAAAGAAACUUUGGUUAAGGCGAACGAAGCAUUUUGGUCCUUCUUCGCUUGCCGUAGAAAACACGGAAAAACAGUGAAGACUGUCGGCAGUUAGCCUGCUAGCCGCCGAGAUUACUUAACAACAUCGUAAUAAAAUGGUUUUUGAGAAAUACUAUUUUACAUGUGAGUUAGAUGGGCGUAUUGUGGAGAUGUGACUAAAUAAUGGGAAACGUUUUUGGGAGAAAUAGUCAACCUUCUCGUGUAACGGACCAAGAUAAAGCUAUACUGCAAUUAAAGCAACAAAGAGACAAACUGAAGCAGUAUCAGAAGAAAAUCACCUUCCAGGUGGAUAAAGAGCGACUCUUGGCUAAGCAGUUACUAAAAGAUGGCAAGAAGGAGAAAGCACUGGUGCUCCUUAAGAAAAAACGCCAUCAGGAUCAGUUAUUAGAAAAGACUGACACCCAGAUUUCCAACCUGGAACACAUGGUUCAAGAUAUUGAGUUCUUGCAAAUUGAGAUGAAUGUCAUUGAGGGGCUGAGGGUUGGAAACGAAUGCCUGAAGAGUAUGCAGCAGUUAAUGUCAAUAGAAGAAGUGGAAAAAAUCCUGGACGAGACUCAAGAAGCAGUUGAAUAUCAAAGGCAAAUAGAUGAGUUGUUGGCGGGUUCAUUGACACAGGAGGAUGAAGAUGCCGUUUUAGCAGAGUUUGAAGCUAUUUCUCAGGAAGACGAUGUUGCACUUCCUGAAAUCCCCAACGAGCCUAUCCCACAUGUACCUAAAUCUGCUGAACUUGAACGAGAGAGAAAAGAAGCAAAGAGUAAGCCCAACAGAGAGAUGCUGGCCGCCUGACAGCUUCUUUGUUUGCUAAACAUUUUUCAACUAAUGAGAAGUGGAGCAGCCCAAAAGUUGCGUCCUAGUUUUGAUAUGCGAGUGUGGAAUCUUAAAGACUCUGGAGGAUUUUCAUCAUUUUUCCAGUUUAGUCGCUGCUCCCUUGAAUAAUUUCAAAAAGUGUUUAAUCUCUGUUGGAUUACAAAAACAGUGUUAAGCAGGAGAAGAAACUGACUUUUAGAUGCUUUUAACAUUAAUUUAUUGUACAUAUUACAUUCAUUGUAAUAAAUGAUGCUGUAAAAAAAAA